AGAAAGUAUCAACAAAGCAUCCGCGAGUAAGCGUGCAGUGGUUUUGUCGGGAAUAUUAAUCGAAAUUUGCACACUUUUACAUCAUGGAUGACGGUGAUUACGACCACGAUGAUGUCGGCGGGGAUGACUUCGACGAUGUCGAGGAGGAUGACAACAUGGACGAGCUGAACCAGGAGGAGGACGGAGACAACAUUGAGAUCAUCAACCCGGGCCAGGCCGGUGGUGGCGUUCCGAAGAACAAGCGCAUAACGACCAAGUACAUGACCAAAUACGAGCGGGCGCGAGUGCUCGGUACACGUGCGCUACAGAUUGCCAUGUGCGCUCCGAUCAUGGUGGAGCUGGAGGGUGAAACCGAUCCGCUUCAAAUAGCGAUGAAAGAGUUGAAACAGCGCAAAAUUCCCAUCAUCAUACGGCGCUACUUGCCCGACUCUUCGUACGAAGAUUGGAGCAUCGACGAGUUAAUCAUAAUUGAUCAUUAAGGAUAGUUUGUAAAAGGUUUAUAAAGUGAAAAUACACGGCCGAUAUGUGGAUUGGCAUUGGUGGU